AUGGCUUCUUUACAAGGUGCCGAUGUGCCCGAGCACUUUGCCCUCCCCGCCCUGCCCGAAAUCAAGGGUGUCGACCCCACCAGGAGCGUCGUCGAGGCCUUCCGAAUCGCCGCUGCCAAGGUCGUCGCUGAUGCCUGGGAGGAGGACAUUGAGAAGAUCUUCCCUGCUGUCGAGCUGGGCAAGAAGGGAGCGGAUUUGAGCGUUGCUGUUGUCAGGUUCAAGAGGGGAAAGCCUGCGGACAUCUUGCCUUGGGUGAACAAGAUUACCGAAUCGUUCCAACCCAGCGUCUUUUUCUCCAAAGUCUCCAGCCCUGACGGCAAGUUCCUUUGGUUCACCUUCAACCGAGACGCGUUCGGCUACCACAUCCUCCGCCAAAUCAACCUCACCUCCGCCGCUGCCCUCGCCAAGCCCGAAGAGCCCACCCUCGCCUACGGUACCACUACCGAAGGCGCCGGCAAACACCUCGUCGUCGACUUCUCCUCCCCCAACAUUGCCAAACCCUUCCACGCCGGUCACUUGCGAUCCACCAUCAUCGGUACCGUCAUUUCCAACCUCUACGAGGCCAAUGGAUGGAAAGUUACCAGGCUGAAUUACCUCGGUGACUGGGGAACACAGUAUGGGCUGUUGAGUAUUGGUUUUGACAAGUACGGAAAUGAGGAGGAGUUGCAGAAGGAUGCGAUUAAGCACCUUUUCGAGGUCUAUGUCAAGAUCAACAAUGCCAAGGCGGAGCAGAAGGAAAAGAUUGAUGCCGGCGAGACUAUCCCUGAUGAGGAGAACAUUCACUUGUUGUCCAAGAAGGUCUUUAAGGACAUGGAAGAUGGCGAACCCAAGGCUAUCGCCCAAUGGGCCCGAUUCCGAGACCUCUCCAUCGAAAAGCUCAAGGGCACCUACGAAAAGCUCAACGUCAAAUUUGACGUCUACUGGGGCGAAUCUCAAGUGUCCAACGAGUCUAUGGAGCGAGCCGUCAAGAUUGUGCAGGACAAGGGCUUGACGUGCGAGGACAGGGGAGCGUUGUUGGUCGACUUGGUCAAGUUCAAGAUGGACAAGGCUAUUGUCAGGAAGGGCGCAGACGGUACAUCCAUCUACCUCACCCGAGACCUCGGUGGCGCUUACGACAAGUACCAAAAAUACGCUUUCGACAAGCACAUCUACGUCGUCCAAGCCGCCCAGACUCUCCACUUCAACCAGCUCUUCAAGACUCUUGAGCUCAUGGGCGAGCCUUAUGCCGACAAGCUCGAGCACGUCACCUUUGGUUUGGUGAAGGGCAUGUCGACCAGGAAGGGUACCGUCGUCUUCCUCGAGGAUAUCAUCCAGGAGGCGACGACGACGAUGCACGACCAGAUGAAGAGCAACGAGGCCAAGUAUGCUCAGGUGGAGAACCCUGAAGAGACCAGUGCCAUCAUUGGUACUUCUGCCGUCAAGAUCCAAGACAUGGCCGGUAGGAGGAUCAACGACUACGACUUCAACAUGUCUCGAUGCACCUCCUUCGAAGGCGAUUUCGGCCCCUUCAUCCAAUACUCCCAUGUCCGACUCUGUUCCGUCCAGCGAAAGAACCCCAACGUCCCCCUCCCCACCUCCAUCAACGACAUCAACGUCUCCCUCCUCAACGACCCCAAAAUCCUCGACAUUCUCAUGCAGCUCGCCCUAUACCCCACCGCGUUGCGCAACGCGUACGUGCAGUCUGAGCCGUCGCAGUUGGUCACUUGGUGUUUCAGGCUGUCGCAUUUGGUCGGCGCGGCGUGGGAGACGGUGAGGGUGACUGGGGAGGAGGAGGAGGUGGCGAAGGCGAGGUUGUUCUUCUACAUUACUACCAGGGAGGUUUUGGCGAGCGCGAUGAGGCUUUUGAGUUUGACUCCUAUUGAGAGGAUGUAA